AUGAGUGCAAUGCCUGACUUGGCGGCUGCGACAAAGGGCGGUGCGUCCCGUAAGGUGUCGAAACAGUCGCUGAUUAAAGUCACCAAGAAGCCGCCUAAGAAGCGGAGAAAAUCUCGCAAGCAGAGCUAUUCCAUUUACAUGUACAGGUGCAUCGCCUCCGAGGCGUCGCACCUCAUUCACUACAACAAGCGCCGCACCAUCUCGGCCUGGGAGAUCCAGAGCGUCGUCCGCCUCAUGCUGCCAGGGGAAUUGGCCAAACACGCCGUCUCCAAAGGCACCAAAGCGGUCACCAAAUACACCAACUCCGUUUAG